UUUAUAGAAUUCUAGUUAAAAUUAGGUUUUUAGGGGUAAUUUUUAGCAUUUGUAAAUAAUUAGGAUAUUAAUAUUUUUUUAGAGAAAAUCUUCUAAUGAAAAUCUUUUUUCUUUACUUUUUCUUUUAAUUUUUGAAUUGCAGAAAUAUUUCUUUUAUUUUUUUUGGGCAUUAAUUCAUUUUCUUCUUAUUGCAGAAAGGUCCUAAAAAUUGGGUUACAGAUGCAAAGCAAUUGGGCCGUUGGUGCAAUGUACAAUGAAAGGCAUUUGGGUUGGAUUGGGUGCUCAAAUUGCUGGAAACUACUGCUGGAACGCUGCUAUUGCAAGCAUUGGAAUGGACUGGCUGCACAUUUUAAUUGGAGUGCUGAUUUCACAAUGGAUUGGCUGCUGAUUGGAAGCCCACUUAAUCAAAACGCUACAGCUAAACUUGAGUGAAACGACUGCGUUUUGGGAGGACUGUUGUUGUAAACGCUGGUGGGCGGAAAUCCAAUUAGUGAUGUGGUGCGUUUUGGUGCACUGUUGCCUUAGGGGUUCUUUGCUGGAGCACUUCAUUUGGAGAAAGGGAAAGCAAAACCCAAAGCUAGGGCAGAGUGAGAGCUGAAGAAGAGGAACACAUCACUUACCUGAGGUUCGUGCCACUCCACCGAAGUUGCACACGUGUUGAAGAAGAUGACCAGUGUGAAAGAAGAGCUGACCGGAGCUGCCACGUGGGAGCUCGAAGCGUCACAGCAAGGUUCUGCAUCUCCCAUUUUUUUCUUUUUCCCCUUUCCUUUUCCCUCUUUCGUUUUCUUUCUGACCCUAUAAAAAGGGCUUUCACCUUGUAAAUAUAUACUUUUGCACACUUUGAGAUACAUUUUCUGUUCAUAGUUCUAAGCUCUGUAGAUUAGGGCUAUUUUCCACUUUCUAUAGAAUAGGAUUCCGUUCUCUUUGCUUUUAGAGCGCACAUCACGGUGGUGACAGCCGCGGUGACUCUGAUUGAGCAUGUAUUCGGUACAAUUUUUGUAAUUUUUCUUUUCUCGUUAAUAAUACAGUUUGUUCUUGAUGUUUCACAUGUUUAGUGUUUUGAUAUUCUGUUAUGUUUCGUGCUUGUGUGUUUCUUGUGUUGUUUCAAUGAAUAAACGAAUUGGACUGUGAUUCUUUGCAUUCUAUAUUUCCUUUUGGAAUCAAAUGACUCUAUUUUGAGCAUUCACUUUCGAGAUGUCUUCUCGAGCCAAAGAUGAGUCCAGUAAAUAAAAACUCAUUCAGUUUUGUGUUUUUAUUCUUUUUCUUCUAUUAUUUUUGUAUGUGAUUUUAAAUCUGGAAUUGAAUUUUAUUUGAGAUUUGUGAAGGAAAAUAUCCGCAUUUCUACAUCUGUUUUGGAUGUAAUGUGACUCCAUAGUGAGCAUGACUUAUCAAGAGGUCUUCUUGAGAGAUGUUAAGCUUCAUAAUUGUCAGAUUAAAUUCAAUUUCAGUGUUGUUAUAUUGUUCUUGUUUUGUUUCAAUUAUGAUUUCUGCUCCUAUUUUCUAUUUGAUGAUAUAUAGAUUAGGUUCAGUUUUAGUUUUGUUUUCCUUGUGCUGUUAACUGUUAGCAUUCAUAGGUUAGUUUUAAUUGCAUUCAGUUCUCAUUUUAGUUUAGGUUCUGUUCUGUUAUACAUAGAUUCUAUAGUUUAGUUUAGGUUUUAUUUUCUUGCAUUUUAUUUUUCUUUUCUUUUUAAAACAGUUUUCGUUUCUUUACUGUUUUCUUUUAAAUUUUCUUUGUUUUAAUUCCGUUUCCCCACCUGUGAGUUAGUAGUUAGUAAAUAAAAUACAAGAAUUAAUUCUACACUUUAAGCUUAAUUUUAGCCGAGUCUUUGGAUUGAUACCUAGGUUGUCCCUAUACUUCAUUAGUGGGGAAACUUAGUUUGUUCUGAUUUUAGGCGAAAAAAAAUCAGUUUAACAAAUGGCGCCGUUGCCGGGGACUCGGCGAGUUAAGUCUUAGAGUGUUAGGUUAGUCUUGUUUAGGUUUGUUUUCUUGAUUUUAUUUCUGUUUUGUGUUCAUAUAUGUUCCUUUUUAGUUUAGGAUCUGUUUGUUUUGUUUUCAUUUUUGUAUAUUAGGAUCUGUUCUGCAGAGUAGAAAUUGUGAAUAUAGCUUGUAUAGAUUUUCUUUUCUUUCAAUUCUUUUGUUGAAUUCUGUGAUAGAGGCUUUAUUGGUCUGAUUGGUUUUUAUCUUGUGAGCAAUUGUUAAGCAUGGAUCACUCCUCUGCAUAUGGUAAUUUCUCAUUUCCUUAUAAUGCUCAACCACCAAGAUUUGACAUGUUUUAUGAGCCUAUUCCUGAGGUUUUUAUGCAGCCAGCCAAUCAAGCUUUCCAGCAGCAACCACCACAUUGUUUUCAACCAUAUCAUGAGCAGCCACCCUUGCAAGUGCAGCAGCAGCUGCCACACGUAUACUGGGACCAAUAUGCUGAACCAGAGCAAGAGAAUUUCCUGUCGGAACAGCCAUGGCAGCCAUCUUUUUUCCAUUAUGAUGCACCAGAGCAAGAGGAAUUCCAAUCAGUACAGCCAUGGCAAGAUCCAUUAUGUGAUCAGCAGCAGGGGAUUCCAGCAUCUGAACUUCAAGGACUGACUACUCAAGUGGUUCAGUUAGCUGCUGCUGUCAACAAGCUGAUUGAGAGAGUUGAAGGAGAGAAAGAGGCAUCAACCAAUGAAGCACCACUAAUGGUAGCUGCUGCCGCAGAGUUUCAAGAGAUUGAGUGUCCAACCACCUCUGUAACUGUAUACUCUAAUCCUUCUUUCAUUGAUUCACAUUCUACUUUAAAUUUUGAUGAUGAUAAUUCCAAUUCUCUGAUGAGUGAUGAUUGUAUGAGUGCAUCUGUUGAUAUUUCUGAAUGUGUAUGUGAACCUUAUGACCAUAAUUACACUGAUACUCAUUUUGAAAAGCUAGUUGAUGGUUUUAGGGAGUUGGCUGUGAUUCAUGAUUGUAAUAGUUUUGUUGUUGUUCCUAUAUCUGAUUUUACCACUGCUAGUGCUCAAUUAAGUGAAAAUGUGUAUUAUGAUGGUGAUAGUAUUGAACCUCAUUCUUGUUUCAAGGAAAUUGAUUGUACUGCUGAUUUAAAAGUUGAAUCUACUUUGUUGAAAGUACAAACUGAUUUCAGAAAGUCCAAAGAGUAUUUGAAAAAAAUGAGGGAAGCUGCUGACCAUGUUUUGGUGCUUCAGUACUAUGAAAUGGAUUUUGAUGCUGAUGUGUGUGAGCCUGAAAAUGAUUUCAAUGUGUUUGAUCAUAUGCAUGAUGUGCCUGUAGAAGUUUUAGUCCUUGCUUUGAUCAUUCUAAUAUCAUAAAAUUAGCAUUUUCCAUUGAUAGAGUUCAUAUACCUGCAUCUACUGCUUUUUAUGAUUGCACAUAUUUAAAUGCACUUCUUGAUGAUGAAUCAGAUGCUCAUGAUGAUAGAUAUGUAGUUUUUGAUGAUGUGAAAGUAGAUAUGGUUGAUUUUGAAAAUGCUUGUGCUGAUUUAGGAUUAGAACUUGAACUUGAGUUUCCUGGGUUCUUAAACUCUUUAGAACUGAGUAACGAAAAACUCACUGGUUGUACAUGCCUUGGGGGUGGUUGUGAAAUUUGUGAAGAAAUCAGUUCUGCCAUAUGUUCUGCUUCUAACUAUUUUGCAGGUGCCAAGGAAGAGAUCAUUAUGUUCAAGCUGGAUGGAAAUGACCCUGAUGAGGUAGCUAGUGAUCAGAGAACACAGAGUUAUGCACUGGUUUUGACAUUAUUCCAGUUGAUGAUAGCUUCACAGUAGGUGUUCAUUUAGCUGCUGAUUUGAUAGAUGCUAGUGAGGUCAUUUUUGAGGAACCAGUCCAGGUUGAAUCUGACUUUAAUCCUUCUACUGGUAUAGCUGAAAUGCACACUCGUUUUCAUGUCUUGCAUGCUUUACCUGAUGUGCCUGAUACUUCUAAGCAUUUUAAAUUGCUUGAUGAAAUUUCUGUUGUGCAUAAUGUAAAGAUACCUACUGAUAGGUGCUCUGAAUUUAAGUCAUUGUUUUCUGAUAACCUGUUUGAGAACCUGCUGAAUGACUGUAAUGUAAAUACACAGGUUAUGAUGGAGACACAUGCUGACUUCGAAUUCAGUGAUGGCAUUGCAGAAUUAAACAAAGAGGAAGCUGCAGAGACAAAGGCAACCCUGGUGGAGGCAAUAGAUGGUGUCAAUAUUGCUAAAGGAGUCUUGAACGUGCAGAAGCAAUUGAAAAAUUUGAAUGGAGAACUGCAGUUACUGCAACAAAUGCCUAAGCAGGAGAACUUCAAUGCAGCCAUGGAGACAAUACACAAAGGAGCUGAGCACAAUGGAGAAAAUCCAAUAAGCUCUUUCUUUUCCCUUCUUUUAAAUAGUAGUUACAGGUCUUUUAUAGUAGUUUACAUAGCUUUAAGUAGCAUAAUAAAUAGUAGGAUAGAUAAUAUGUUGUUUUUCAUAAAAAUAAAACGAAUUAACUUUGAUUUGUGGCCAAUCUGAAUAAGUUCUUUUCCUCUUUA